AUGGCUGACCACGCGCCCGCGCCAAGGAAGCAGUACGACCCUUACUCAAGCACCUACAACCCCGGGUGGAGAGAUCAUCCCAACCUCAGUUAUGGAGGGAAUAGGCAACCCAACUUUACACCGAACAGGCAGUCUAACUUUGUGCCAAAUAAGCCACCAGGGUACCAGCAGCAAUAUCAAGCCCGACCACCUCCGCCCCCAAGUUCUGGUCCAUCUUGGGAGGAGAUGAUGAAACAAAUGAUGACAACCAUUACACAAAAUCAGCAGAGGACGGAGGCAGCCAUUAUGCAAAAUCAGCAAAGGACAGACUCCGAAAUGCAGGACAUAAGGAAUCAGAUGAGUCAAAUGGCCACAACAAUCAACCGUUUGGAUUCCCAGAACCAAGGGAAGCUGCCAUCUCAACCUGAGUUGAACCCGAAGAAUGUGAGCGCCAUGACCCUGAGGAGCGGAAAGGAAAUUCAGGGGUUUGAACCUGUGAUCCCUAAGGACAAGAAUGCGGAAAAGAUCGAGGCUGAGCUUGAGAGGGAGGACAGCAAUGGUGCAGACCCGAAGGUACUUCCUGACCCAAUAAUUACAGCUAAAACUAACCCGCCUCCUUUUCCUAGCAGGUUGGAAAAAUCGAAGAAGCAGGAUAAGGAAAAGGAGAUUUUGGAGGUUUUUCGCAAGGUUGAGAUCAAUAUCCCUCUCUUAGACGCCAUCAAACAAGUACCAAAAUAUGCCAAGUUCCUAAGGGACUUGUGUGUCAACCGAAGGCGAUUGAGGGGGGAUGAAAGGAUUAUUGUUGGGGAAAAUGUGUCUGCGGUCUUGCAGAGAAAACUCCCACCUAAGUGCGGGGACCCAGGUAUGUUUACUAUCCCCUGUAGGAUAGGUAAUACUGUGAUCAGAAGGGCCAUGUUGGAUCUGGGAGCAUCAAUUAAUGUCAUGCCUAAAUCUAUCUAUGUUUCUUUGAAACUAGGUCCAUUAAAAGAAACUGGAAUAAUUAUUCAAUUAGCUGACCGAACUAAUGCAUACCCUGAUGGGUUGGUUGAAGAUGUGUUGGUAAAGGUUAAUGAUUUGGUGUUUCCAGCUGAUUUUUAUGUACUUGAUAUGGAUGAUGAUCACUCCCCUGAUCCCUCACCUUUGUUAUUGGGUAGACCUUUUAUGAGCACAGCACAAACAAAAAUUGAUGUUAAUAAGGGUACCUUGUCCAUGGAGUUUGAUGGGGAAAUUGUGCAUUUCAAUAUUUUUUAUACUAUGAAAUAUCCCUCAAACUCCAACGUUAGCUCAGUUUUCUCUGUGAGUGCUAUUGAUCCUGUAGUGCAGGAAGUGUUUGAAACUGAUGGCAGGGAUGAGUUGGAGGUGGCUUUAACCAAGCACCUCGAGUUGGAGACAACUCCAGAGGUGGAGUGGAGCGAAGAUCUAAAAUGCACAAUAGGUGCAUUACACUCAUUGCAGACCACCACGAAAAGGUAUGAAGUCUCACCUAUUUUUACCCCCGAACCUCACCAGAGGGUGUUGCCAUCUGUGGUGCAGGCACCUGUCCUGGAGUUGAAGCCCCUGCCCGAGCACCUGAAGUAUGCGUAUCUGGGUGACAAGGAGACACUCCCAGUGAUUAUCUCAUCGGCACUGUCAAAAACCCUGGAGGAGAAAUUGAUCCGAGUCCUUCAGGAGCAUAAAGAGGCGAUAGGCUGGACAAUCGCAGACAUUAAGGGGAUCAGCCCGGCCAUCUGUAUGCACCGGAUUAGAUUAGAAGAGGAUGCCAAAGGCAGGCUCAAAGGAGGCUCAAUCCCCUCAUGA